ACGAGGAGCUCGUGAAGGUAUCAGCAUUGUUGUUCCAUAAAUCUGUUGUUCAUGAGUAUGUCGAGCAUUGGAGAGUUGUUGGAUACUUUGCCAUUAGGUUGCCAGCAUUAUUUUCAAAGUACAGUGAUAACACGUCGUCCAGACGUUAGAACUGCUAACGUUAAAUGUUUACCCAGGCCACUAAUGUUAACUUGUUUUUCAACGUUACAACGGGAAGCUAGCUUCAGUUGCUAAAUAACAGUUGAGGCAAAUCGGGGCAACCACGCACACAGGAGACUGUCAUCUGAAACUGACACGGGUUGGUUAAAGUUUGUUAAGCUGAACAUUUGUUAAAGUAUCUGGGGUAAGGCUGCCCUGACAAAAAGGUCUAAGAUGGGCAUGACCACUCGAAUAGAGUGUAUAUUUUUCAGUGAGUUUCAUCCCACCCUGGGUCCAAAGAUAACCUAUCAGGUCCCAGAGGAAUACAUUUCCCGGGAGCUCUUUGACACAGUUCAGGUUUAUAUCAUCACCAAGCCAGAACUGCAAAACAAAUUGAUAACAGUCACUGCCAUGGGAAAAAAAUUAAUCGGAUGUCCUGUGUGCAUCGAGCAUAAAAAGUACAGCAGGAAUGCCCUCCUGUUUAACCUCGGCCUUGUUUGUGAUGCCCAAACCAACACAUGUGCCCUUGAGCCGAUUGUCAAGAAGCUGUCUGGGUACCUCACAACUCUAGAGCUGGAGAGUGGCUUCAUAUCCAAUGAGGAGAGCAAGCAGAAACUUUUACCCAUUUUGUCCACCUUGUUGGAAGAACUUAAUGCCACAGGAGCCUGCACCUUACCCAUAGACGAGUCCAACACCAUCCAUCUAAAGCUGAUCCAGCUGCGAAAGGACCCCCCGAUUGUCCAGGAGUAUGAUGUGCCAGUCUUCACCCAGUGCAAAGACCAUUUUAUCAAAUCUCAGUGGGAUCUCACCACUCAACAGAUCCUGCCCUAUAUUGAUGGAUUUAGACACAUCCAGAAAAUAUCUGCUGAAGCUGAUGUAGAGCUGAAUCUUGUUCGCAUCGCAGUGCAGAAUCUGUUGUAUUAUGGAGUUGUGACCUUGGUGUCAAUUUUCCAGUACAGCAAUGUGUACUGCACUACCCCCAAAGUCCAGAGCCUCAUCGACGACAAGUCCGUACAGGAUGAGUGCCUCAACUACGUCACUAAACAGGGUCAGAAGCGUGCCAGUCUGAGGGAUGUGUUCCAGCUGUACUGUGGUCUGAGUCCAGGAACCACAGUCCGAGACCUUUGUUCUCGCUACUCGCAGCAGCUUCAAAGGGUUGAUGAGAGGAGGCUGAUCCAAUUUGGACUGAUGAAGUCUCUUAUUAGACGGCUGCAGAAAUAUCCGGUGAAGGUGAUCCGUGACGAGAGGAGCAGGCUGCCACGACUUUAUACCGGUUGUCAUAGUUACGAUGAGAUCUGCUGCAAAACAGGGAUCAGUUACCAGGAGCUGGACGAACGUUUGGAAAAUGAUCCCAACAUCGUGGUAUGCUGGAAGUGACAUUAACUGAAAACAGACUGAAAGAUACAGAGAAGCCUCAACCAAAGAUGCCUUCAGUGACAGGAAGACCUUUCUUGAAAUAACGUAACAAUGAAAGUGAAGUUGUUUUUUGUCAUUUUUAUGUUAGAUUAGUGUUGAUGUUUUUUUUAAACAAAUGUCCUUGUCAGGAAUUAGCAUACAUGUCUGUUUGGGUCAAGUGAGGAAGGAGAUAUUUAUUAAUACUGUCCAAAAGAGAAUUUGUAAUUAAUAAACGAGAAAAACACCAA